CAAUUCAGUUACAAUACAAUAUUUCAUCAAGUAAAUUGUGUUAAAUCGUUCACAUUAGUCUCAUUAUUUCUCCAAUUCAGUUAUAUUACAAUAUUUCAUCAAGUAAACUGUGUUAAAUCAUUCACAUUAGUUUGCACCUUUUCAACCUAUGAAAAAGACGUGACAACGACUUGUGUACCACGAAAAGUUUCUUGUUUUAGUCCACAAAAAGAGAAAGCACAGAGGACCAAGUUUCUCCCCUUGCAGUGUCGUUGUCGUUGUUUCCUGUAGUUAGUCUAUUCUUUCUCCACUUGAGUUGCAUUACAAUAUUUCAUCAAGUUAGUAUCAUUUACAUAACUAAUCCAUUGCUAACUUAAAUCUAUGAUCUGAUGUUAUUGUGCAUUUAACAAAACAACAUUUUACUGACUGUAAUUAACUUUCAAAAGAGCUUCUUUUUUUUCUCAACCCAAAUCCAGUUUUUAAUAGUAACUACGAAGAAAUAAUGAAUUCAAUUAGGUAAUUUCUCGACCCGCUAAAUAAAUAUUCUAAUAAUAACAGCUAACGUAAUAAUUUGUUUCUAUGGUUUUGUUGACAAUUUUUGUUAUCUUGAUUUGAAUAAAUGAAAAUUUAGUUGGAAGAAAAAAACAAACAAAUAUUAGAGUGUAUUAUUCAAGCAAACAUGUCAAUUCUACACGGUGGUAAUUCGUAGUUAAAUAGUAGUAUUAGAUAUAUACUUAUAGUUGUCAGAAGAAAAUUGUACUAGACAUAUUUUAGCUUUUUAAGAUAAUAUAAUUAGUGGUGUAAAAAGAUAAUAAUUAGUGUAAUAUUGCAAUUAUUAGCACUAUAAAUUUGGACAAGACUGGAGUAGCAGUUUCAUACACAACAGAAGACUUACAGAUAUGUCUGAAUCAACUCAAGACAACAUAAACAAUCCAGACGGCUCCAUCACUAGCGUCCCCACCAGAUUCCCCUACGUCCCAGCCACACCUGAACCCUCCCCGCAAAACCCCGUCGUAUCCAAAGACAUUACGGUGAACCGCUCAAAGUCAACAUGGAUGCGUCUCUACGUUCCCACCGCCGCACUAAACGGCGGCGUUUCGUCUGAAAAACUCCCUCUGGUUGUCUAUUACCACGGCGGAGGAUUCGCCACCGGCAGCGUCGACUUCUAUCCCCACCACGACUUCUGCAACCUUAUGGCGCGCGAGCUCAACGCAGUCUUCGCUUCUCCUUCGUACCGGCUAGCUCCCGUGAACAGACUCCCGGCGGCGUACGACGACGGAGUGGAUGCACCAGCCGUCUUCGCCGAUCUAAGUCCAUUACGUAUCCGUGGUAUGAUCUUACACCAGCCGUUCUUCGGCGGCGAAGAGCGUUGCGAGUCUGAAACCAAUGUGAACUUUCCGCAUAUACUCAGCGACGCCUGCUGGCACCUUUGUCUCCCUGUCGGAGCGAACCGGGAUCACGAGUAUUCGAAUCCGACGGUGGGAGAUGGACCGAAGCAAAUGGAGAAAAUCGGACGGUUGGGACGGAACUGGAAGGUGGUGGUGAUUGGACGAGAAAGACAUCGUCUGAUAGAUAGGCACAGAGAUGUGGCGAAGUUGAUGAAGGACCAGGGAGUGGAUGUGACUGAGCAUUUUACCGACGGGGAUGUUCACGGUGCUGAGCUCGUUAACCAGGGUGAAACUACGCUUGCUUGCAUCAGAAGUAUCAUUUACUCUUCCUCGCCGUAAAGGUUUUUUUUUUUAAUUCCAUAAAAUAAAGAGGCUUAUAUUAGAGGCCAGCCCGAUUUAAAGAUUUACCUUUAUGUAUUGGUUUGUGGAAAAUUUUAAAAAUAAGAAAAAUAUUGGAGACCCAAGAGGCUCUCUGUCUCUUUUGU